AGAAAACAGAAGUCUCCGGAAACCUCAUUUCCCACAGUCCAUCUCUGCCAGCCCAGAGAGACCCACCAGCGCAGGAUUAUCUCUUCUCGAAGGCAGCCCCAAGCCGUAGAAAGACGUGCAGGCUGCAGCUGGGGUCUAAUGAGGGAGUUGUAGAGGGGAAGCAAUUAAAGCAGAAGUGGAUUUCUUUCGGGCGGCAGCUUCUGCCCGCUCGGAUCGAGCUACAAGGUGACAGGGUGUCCUGACUGUUCUUGUCUCUCUGUUGUCAUCAUCCUCGCCCACAACUUACUCUGAGACUUUGUCCGGCUUCCCCGAACGAUUCCUCUCUUAGCAUGAGUCUGUGGGCUCGUACGGGCAUCUUGGGCGCUCUCGCUUGCUACGUGCACGGCAGGCGGAGAGCCCUGGCCGAAUCCAGUGGCAAGUUCAGCCAACAGAGUGGCAAAGACCAGCUGCAACUGAAGCUGGUGCUGGUUCUCUUCCGGCACGGAGCACGCACGCCUCUCCGGGCCAUCCCUGAUGUAGAGCAGGUAGAAUGGAAUCCUACACUGUUGGAGAUCCCGGCUGAAACAGAGCUUGAUUAUUCAGUAACUGAUCUAGCUGGAGGUCCACAGCCUUAUUCUCCUUAUGAAGACCAAUACAGAAAUGUUGUGCUGAAGGGUGGUGUGAUUGCUGGGCAGUUGACCAGAGUGGGCAUGCAGCAGAUGUUUGCCCUGGGGGAACGGUUGAGGAAGCGUUAUAUUGAAGACAUUGCUUUCCUCUCUCCAUCAUUCAAGCCUUCAGAGGUCUUUGUUCGUUCUACUAAUAUUUUUCGGAAUCUGGAAUCCACACGAUGUUUGCUAGCGGGGCUCUUCCAGCAACAGAAAGAAGGGCCUAUUACCAUUGUCACAGAUGAAUCAAAGUCUGAAGUCCUCUAUCCUAAUCCAGAGAGCUGCCAGCGCCUAAAACAGAAAAGCAGAAAGAGGAUGGCUACCGUGUGUUUACAGCCAGGCAUCUCUAAUGAUCUGAAGACAAUUAAAGAAAAGGUGGGAAUCAACAGUGAGAAGCAAGUGGAUUUUUUUGUCCUUCUUGACAACAUGUUUGCAGAACAGGCACACAAUCUGCCUAGCUGCCCUCUUCUGAAAAAUUUCCUGCAAAUAAUUGAACAAAGGGCCAUUGAUUCACUCCUUUAUGUCACAGAAUACAAUUUAAGGGAAACUCUUCAGAUGUCUGUUGGUCCUCUUCUUUAUGAACUUCAAAAGAACAUUAGAGAGGCAAUAGAGCCUUCCUCUGCCAACAUCAAAGCCAGAAAGCUGAUUCUGUAUGCUGUUCAUGAUGUUACCCUCUUGCCACUAUUGAUGGCUCUAGGAAGCUUCAACUACAAGUGGCCUCCAUAUGCUUCAGAUGUGACACUGGAACUCUACCAGCAUACCAAGGGCUGGUUGAUACGACUGUCUUAUAAUGGAGAGGAACUGACUGCAAGAGACUGCAGAGCUGGUCUCUGCCCCUUGGAAGAUUUUCUGAAUGCUAUUUCACAUUACAGCACAAAUCCGGAGGAAUACAAUCUGCUUUGCUCCAAGUCUGUAAAUGGAUGACUAGAAUUAUAUUCUUAACUACAUACAUUUCUAAAUAUAUAAUGAAAAUAAGGCCUGUUAUCUCUCAACAUUUCAAGUGGCACAUCCGUAGAAUGUUUUCUACCGGAACUGAGGAAAUACUAAUCCAUUUUGGAAACAGAUUUAUCUUGAUGAAAAGAUGUCUAAGACUCCAUAGCAUCUUCAUAGCCAUAUUACAGCUACCCAACAGAAGCUGAUGGAGUACAUAAUUCUGCUUGCUUGAAGGGAAUCAGAGGUGCCUUAAACAUCAGCUGUCUUUUUUUUUAAGCUCCUGCACUUUUUUGGCCUUUUCAGAAGUUUUAGAUACUUUUUUAGUGAAGAUAGAUUUAUAUUGAAUCUA